CAGCAAUGGCAGGAGCGCUGAGACAGGGAUACAUCGAGGCUUGUGAGGGAGGAGAGAGGAGGCCGCACUCAGCAGUUGUAGACUUUCUUGAUGAAAUCGCGGUUAGUGACACUCAGCUUACCUCCCUCAUCUUGAAGGGAAACUCGAAGAUUGCGUACCCGACACGGUUGGACGAUGGGGACUUGGAGGCGCUCCUGAAAGGAAUGAGACAAGCAGGAGAUUUAGUACUGCGAGAGCUUGACUUGAGCUGGAACAACAUAUCUGAUCAUGGUGUCGGCCUUCUGAUGGACUAUCUUCAGGAAUUUGACAAUGUGAUUGCACUUAGUCUUUCUCAUAACAAUUUUGGAGUGGAGGGUGCAAAGCGAAUUGCGGAUGUCAUGAACAAUCUCCAGAGCUUAUCACACCUUUUUCUGGAUGGAAACAAAAUCGAAGAUAAAGGCGGCUUGAUCUUGGUAGAGAAUCUAGCUCGCAACACUUCUAUUCGCACAAUAAGUCUUGGUUGUAUGGAUCUUGGACAUCAGACUUUCACGAUGUUGGGGAAGGCUUUAGCACAGAACAACAGCAUCACUUCUUUGAACGUCGACCGGCCCAUUCUUUUCAGCUGUCAAGAAGAAAGCAUCUAUCACCUUGCUACCGGACUGAAAAUCAACAAGAGUCUCAAGUCCCUCUCCAUCAAGAAUGCUGGGCUGAGAGAUCAUGGAUGUUUCCUGCUGUGCGACAAUUUGAUGCUGAAUCAAACACUAACGGAAUUAGACUUGUCGAGCAACAGGCUCACUGAAAUAUCCGGAAAUCACAUUCACAAUCUGUUGAAGAAAGACCAGAACUUGAUUCGGUUGAAGCUUUCGUGCAAUCAACUAUGCGAUCGAGGCUGCGAGGCUCUUGCACAAGCUCUUCCGGUCAGCAGCGUCGUAGAGCUCGAUAUUUCUUACAACGAGAUUGCGUCACGUGGAAUCGAAGCCUUGUCGAUCGCCGUCGCUCACAGCACGAAGCUCAAGACACUUUUCCUUUGGGGAAAUCAUUUGGAUUCUUCGUCCCUUCAAUCAUAUGUUGCAGCUUGUAACAACUGCAGAUCCUUGAGCCACACUGAUGUUCUCAUGCAAAUCGUUGAUGGUGAGGCAAAUGCUGUGCGCAGAAUUGAGCCUUCAAGCUAUUACGUUGCUGGACUUGUCUAGAACAGCUUGAAAAUUCUGAAAGAUUUCACCUUGUAAAUGAAACGUUUUGAGAAGCC